AUGUGCAAGAAGGACGAUGCCUCGACCGCGUUCACUGCUCCCCGACGCCUGAAACCAGAACUGAGCCUUAAGUCCAAACUACGGCUGGAGUCGGCAGCGGCUUUCAGCCACGGUACAACUUACACUCACGAGCAGCAGCAGCAGCACACUCAGCAACGACGAAAGCAGCAAACUCAGCAACUGACGCAGCAAACUGCUGCUUCGUCCUCGCCCGCCCAGACCGUAAGCACGUUGAGCGCCGAUGCAAUUCCAGCCGACGACGAUGAAAGUAACGGCAUAUCCAGUAUCGCUAUUGUCGGCAUCUUAGUCGCUGCUGUCUGUGCAGUCGUGGCUUUGGCUGGCUCUACAGUCAUCCAGAGACGCCAGCGUUCGAGCGAUGAAGAGGUGCCUUCCAGCGCUACUACAGACAGCCUGUGA